AUGUUUUCGACAGCCCUUCUUACUAGAAAGCGCCGGAGGCCUGAGCUCGCCUUCGCCGGGGGUCACGAGGAGGUGAAGUUCAGGGAUGUGACUCUGUACCUGGUGGAGAGGAGGAUGGGAAAAAGCAGGAGGAAUUUUCUGUCUAAUCUCGCCAGAUCAAAGGGCUUCUGCGUAGACGACGCUCUCAGCGCUGGCGUGACUCACGUGGUGUCGGAGGGGAACGCGGCGCAGGAGCUCUGGAGCUGGUUGGAGGAGCAGGGCUUCAGAGAGGCGCGAGACAAACAUGUGCUGCACAUCAGCUGGUUCACCGAGAGCAUGAGCGCCGGGCGGCCCGUGUCUGUGGAAGUCAGGCACUGCAUACAAAAUCCCGCUGUGGAUCAGAGGUCGUACGCGCAUCCGUCGGCCAAACCCGAGCCUGCUCUGUCUCCGUACGCCUGCCAGAGACGAACGACACUGGAUAACCACAAUAAGAUCUUUACAGAUGCGUUGGAGGUGCUGGCGGAGAACCUGGAGUUCGGUGGGAAUCAGGGCCCGAGCCUGGCGUUCAAAAGAGCCGUGUCCGUGCUCAAGAGCCUCCCGGCGGCCCUGAGACGUCUGGAAGACACGCAGCGUCUGCCCUGCCUCGGAGAACACAGCCGGGCCAUCAUAGAGGAGAUCUUCGAAUGCGGCUCUUCCUCCAGAGUUGAAGAGAUACUGAAGGACGAGAGGUAUCGGACUAUGAAGUUGUUCAGCAGUGUCUUCGGGGUCGGGCCCAAAACAGCGGAGAACUGGUUCUUUCGAGGACUGAGGACGUUCGAGCAGGUCCUGAGUGAACCCAGCAUCAGACUGAACCGGAUGCAGACCGCAGGGUUCUUGUUUUAUGAGGACAUCAGUAAGCCGGUGAGCAGGACAGAGGCCAGCGCUCUGAAGAUUAUAGUGGAGGAAGCUGUUAUCUGUGUCAACCCCUCCGCCAGCGUCAGCAUUACAGGAGGAUUUCGCAGGUAA